AUGGUGACCUAUUGGAUUCUUAAUUCACUAUCAAAGGAGAUAGCAGAUAGUGUAGAAUAUGCUAAUGAUGCAGUUGAACUGUGGAGAGAACUAGAAGAUCGAUAUGAACAGACCAAUGGUGCGAGAUUGUACCAAAUUCAGAAGGAGAUCAAUGAUUUAUCCCAGGGUACUUUGGAUAUCACUACCUUCUAUACUCAGCUGAAGAAGCUUUGGGAAGAACUGAGCACCUUGAAUGCAAAGACACAAUGCAGCUGUCAAUGUACUUGUGGUGCCAAGGAGAAUAUGCACAAAACAAAACAGGACAGGAGAUUGAUUCAAUUCCUUAUGGGAUUGAAUGAAGUUUAUACAGCAGUAAGGGGUGGCAUUCUCAUGAUGAAUCCACUACCUUCAAUGGCACAAGCCUUUUCACUGCUUAUUCAAGAUGAAAAGCAACGAGAGAUGAAACCUACAAAUAAUUUGUCUGCAGAAUCUGUUUCCCUUCAUGUCAAUACUUCAGGAAAUGCCAACAAUUUUGGGAACAAUAACUUCAGAACCAAUUAUGCCCCCAAUGCUAACUUUCCAAACACUAACAGAACUAGACCAUUCUGUGAUUACUGCAAACGCCUAGGUCAUACUAAGGGCAAAUGCUUCAAGCUUCAUGGUUAUCCUCAGGGCCACAAUCAUAACUUCAAGUAUAACAAAAAUAAGAGGGUAAUAGCCAAUGCACAUGUCACUUCUCCAGAUGAAACAUGUGCUAAAACAGAUGAAUUUGGACCCAAAGAUAAAAGCGAGAAUCUAAACUUGUCUAAGGAACAAUAUGGUCAAUUACUCAGUAUCUUGCAACACUUUCAUGGGAAUAGCGGGGGAGAAAGCUCAAAGAGGACAAACCAUGGGACUGGUACUGUGAACCUUGUUGCAGGACCCACACCUUUUGCAGAUUCUGGGGCAUCCCAUCAUAUGACUUUCAAUAGAUCUUCUUUGCUAGACAUUACAAUACUACCAUAUCCUUUGUUGGUUACUCUCCCAAAUGGUUAUAAGGCCCCUUCAAUGAAGAGGCCUCUGGAGAUUG